AUGUGGCAGCGAACGGCUGUGCUGGUCGUUUUAAUAGUUGUGGUGAAUUGCAUCGAUGUUCGGUUACUCAAACGUUAUCAUGGAUCUUCAAUUAAGGUUGAUUGCUUCGAUUAUCCGGAGCCCAAGGACUUUAAAUAUUUUAGAAGUCUAGAGGAAGGUUACCGUAAAAAAGAACCACGUUUUAUUCACACUACUCCAAAAUACCGGCCUCCUCCCAAAUUGGCACGUCGAUCUGAUUACUACAAUAAGGACGAUAUCGUCAAGGAGCACGCAAAACUUGUGCAAGACAUCAAUAGCCUUCGCCAAGUACUUUUUGUGCCACCCCUGGCAGAUGAAAGCAAGGACUACGAAGAUUCUAUAUUUCAUGAGAUUUUAGAGACAUCUACCACAGCUAAACCUAUGGUGAAAACUCAUAAACAAAGGAAUGGUAUACCAAUUAUAUUAGCGGGUACAGCGAGUCAAACGGUGACCACCCAGCCAGUCAAAUUAAAUAAACAGACGAUUAAUUUAGUUGGUUCUUCUGUAUCGCCGAUUGUAAAGCAUCCAUACCCUUUUGAUAUGCCUACGAGAUCACCGUUAAGGAUUUGUAUGGCAACACCGUUGUCCACGAGAGAUCCCUAUGCGGCCAAGCGGAAACCGAGCUUGUGGCAACGGAUCGUUAACACGCUUAAAAUCUAUCCUAGCUUUAAGUUAUAG